AUGAGCGCAUCGUUCAUGCCGCUGUUUAUCAUCGGCGAUGAAAAUGAGAGCGUUGCAGAAGAAUUAGAACAACCUCAGAGCGUCGCUGAUAUCACAUCGUGGAAUCUGGUUGCGAGUACAAGUCGAACAGUUGAAGAUGCUCUCUUCAAUCUGCUCAAGAAUGAGGACGAACGAGUACUUGUGGCUAAGUUUUUCUCGGUUAUGCGAUCUAAAGGUAUCUUAACGACUGAUCCGCGGCUGAGAGAGACCAUGCAGAAGAUUCAAAAGCUGCAGCAGCAACGCAUUUUGGAAAAUGCCAACGACGCUUUCAACUUAAGCCUGGAAAAAGAAUCAUUCUUCGAGUGUAUUUCCGACUGUAUUGACCUAAUCGCCAAAGCUCUAAAACUGGAGCUAGUGAUUCCAAACUGGUUUUCGUUUUGCAAACUUAUUGGCCUCAUUUAUGAGGAAUGCAGUUCCAUCGACGACGGAAAAAUAGAGCGUUUUAAGAUUGCAGACUAUAUUCCGCAGGCAACGGCACAGCCUCAGAAGAGCUGGGGUGUGGCUGUGUGCACGAUCGACGGUCAGAGAGCUGCGUGGGGAGACUAUGCACUGCCAUGGUGCAUGCAGUCCGUGUGCAAGCCAUUCAUAUACGGAAUAGCCCUUGACACGCUUGGAGAUGAAACGGUUCAUAAGUAUGUCGGCCAAGAACCCUCCGGAGGACUGUCUGACGACAUAUCGCUAGACUCUCACAAUAGGCCACACAAUCCGAUGAUAAAUGCAGGUACGAUUGUCAUAUUGUCGCUACUUAAGGUACCGUCCACAUGCCGAUAUGCGACGCUUGUGUCCACUAUCACGAGUUUAGCGUUCGGAAAUGCACAUGUCUGA